AUGGCAUUGAAGACUUCCUCUCCCUGCCACCAAGGGUUGACGCCCCCAGAUAGCCCAAGGAAGGGGACUGCCGCGUCUCUGGCUACCGUGAAGGAUCUGAAGAAUCUCUUUGGUGUGUUUCUUGAAAAGAUGCUCGACCUUGCCAACCAAGAACCUCCAAACACUCCUGUCACCCAGGACCAGUCCCCAGGAGGCCCUGACAUGGUUCAACUGAAGCAGUUGCUGGUGAAACUCACCAGCAAUGAAUGUGCUUCAGUUGGACCCUUCGUGACAAAUAAUCCUGCUCAGUCUGGCCUUGCCAACAAUGAACAGGAAGAGGUUGUUCAGGUGGCAGAUGAAGUUGAUCUCAAUCGUCCCAUCUGUACUACUUCGGAUGAUUUCAAAUCGUUUGAGAAAUGGGCAUCGGGAUCCCGAUUCAAGACGGUUGUGGAAACCUGGGACAAAGAAGCGUGUAAAUACAAGAUCGGCGACCCGGUGGAGACCAGCAAUAGUCUUGAUGAUUAUGCUGAAUAUGCAUUUGUUGUCCGCGAACGAGUUGAACGGAAUUCUGAGGAGGUGACGCCCUACAUAGAUAUCAAAUCGGAAGGCCUACGUGACAUCCUGCGGGCGGUGCUGCACGACAUCAAAGCUAUUAGCUUGAUGGAGGACAAGCCAUCGAUCGAGCAAAACGUCCUUUUCCAUUUCCUCCCGGAGCUCGACAGAUGUGUGGGGAACACGGACAACAGUUCGGACCAUGACUCGGCACAUACGGAGCAGCUUCGCCUGCUCAUCGACCACCUCAAGCAGGCAUAUGCUUCUAUCUCGCAGCGUCUCAAAUCAAUGUUGCAGCACGGUCAUAUUACAUAUGACCUUCUUUGGGCGCUUUUCAAGCCUGGUUGCCAUGUUUAUACCACAUGCAUUGGCACAAAAGAGCCGCGAUGUGUCAAAUUCGAUGCGGGAGAAGAAAUAUCCCAAAACGACGAGACGUGGUUUAACCUCGAAUGCCGAUUCCUUGAUUAUGACGGAGUCAAGUUCGGCGAGGCCGGUACUUUUCUGCGUGUGCCAAAGUUCCGGGGGUCAAAGCCGAUCGAGACUCUUGAAGCUUACCCUCUCUGCCACCAUCCGAGUCACGAGCAGGUCCGAAAAGACCUAGUUGAGAGAGGUCAAAGGUUCCGGGAUUUGGCUGGCUCACACAUUCAGCACUGUAAAGGCAGCGCAUUUUUUAUGAACAAGGGGAAAGCUGUCAAACUCAACAUCAACAGUCAAGUGGGAGUGGACUCUGCAUUUUUCUAUGAAAUGCAGCCAAACUACUCCCGACCGUCACUCCGUGACCGAGGGAUCAAUGACAAAGGUGGAAUUACAUUUUUUGACACGAGUGCGAUGCUCAUGGAUAACCGCGAGCGAGAGAAGGAGAAAAUGCAAGGUGACGGUGUGGAUGCACAAGAACUUAGCGAGACCGAUUUCUUGGUCGCCUGCCCAACAGUAUGCUGUUUUAGUUUCAAGGAGAAAAUGUUCAUGGAGUGCGCAGUCAGUGCUCUGAAGGGCGUGAAUUGGUCACCCGAAUCGUUCGACUGCCUGCAGAUCCCUUCAGAGACCAAGACAAUGCUCCUAUCAUUGACGAAAACCCGCCUGGGUCUGAUUCCGACGGUACCGUUCGACGACGUAAUUGAUGGGAAAGGUCAAGGGCUCAACAUCCUUCUAAAUGGCCCACCGGGCGUCGGAAAGACAUUCACGGUUGAGGCAACCUCGGAAUAUUUCAAGCUCCCUCUGUAUUCGAUAUCUGCAGGCGAACUUGUUGUUGACCACGGAGAUUCUCAUGCGCUUGAAGCACAGCUUGAAGUCAUCUUCAAGAUCGCGAAGCACUUCAAUGCUAUACUGCUCUUAGAUGAAGCGGACGCGUUCAUGGCAAGCCGCACAGCGCUCCAUGACAACCACAAUCGACUGGUAACUAUAUUCCUGCGAAAGCUGGAAUAUUAUCAAGGAGUUCUCUUCUUGACUUCGAAUCGGGGUAUUCAAUUUGAUGAUGCAAUCCUGAGCCGGAUCCAUUUGAUCGUCGAGUAUGAAGACCUGAGCAAGGAGUUUCGCAGAGGUCUCUGGUCAACUUUUCUGGCCAGGGCACGUACAAUGCAAGGACCUGCCCUUGUUGAGGAGCAUGACCUCCGACGAUUGGAGUCAUUGGCCCUGAAUGGACGAGAGAUCAAAAACAUCGCAGCAAUUGCACACGCUCUCGCUGAGGCUGAUGUGGACCAGGUAAACUACAAAUACUUGGAGUUAGCCGCUGAGUCAAAUAAGAAAUUUUCGAAGGAGUUUGGCAGGGAGAGGCCUACUGAUGGAAUGUAUGUCUAA